UAUGUGGUACUUCAUAAAUCAUUGACCGCGGUUUAUUCCAAUCACUUAACUUCAGUCAUUUGCCUCUGUGUCGGCUCGGAUAUCAUAUUCCAAUUGAUCAGACCGCUUUCAUCAUCGGACACAUACGAUCGCCAAGCUUCAUUUGUCCACUCCCUCCCUAACCUCACAACAUACAAUAUAUUAAUCGGAGCUAGAUUGACACUUUCAGCUCUCCAACAUGUGGAUCCUACCCUUACUAGGAUAUUUGGGGGUUAUUGUGGGGUUCUCAUUUCUUACUUUGGCCAUAGCUUCUGGGCUCUAUUAUAUGUCGGAACUUGUAGAAGAACAUACUGUUCUCGCCCGUCGCCUUUUGACUCGGUUGAUAUACAGCAUUAUCCUCAUCCAGAUCCUCCUAUUCGUUUUUGACCGGUUUCCUUUCUCUCUAUCUCUUCUUGGCAUCGGCUCGCACAUCGUCUAUGCAAGCAAUUUAAGACGGUUCCCCAUCGUCAAGCUAUCGGAUCCCUUUUUCAUUCUGUCAUGUGUUCUUGUUGGUCUAAACCAUUGGCUCUGGUUCCGUCAUUUCUCGAAACCUCUGCCUGCGUCGCGAGCUGCAUCCAACUGGCGGCAACCAUACCAAAUAAAUGCGGAGGACAUGCCGACUUUCACUGAAGUUGCAUCUUAUUUUGGACUUUGUGUCUGGCUGGUCCCUUUUGCGCUUUUUGUCAGUCUUAGUGCAGGUGAAAAUGUCUUGCCCAGCAUAGGGUCCGAAUAUGCCACUGGUGAUCAUGUUUCAACUCCGGGGUUUACUCGCAAUACUUUGACUUCAGAUGGGAAAUCCAAGAACAAGGGCAUGGCAAAGGCUCUGGUGGAUAGUGUUCGAGACUGGGUCAAAGAAAACGGUGAACUGAUGGGAUUCUGGAGAGGUGAACGCUCCAAAAGGUUCUGA